AUGUUCAUCGGCAUAUGCGGGAGCAUUUGCGCGGGCAAGACCACCAUCGCGCAGUAUCUCGUUGACCACCAUGGCUUCACGCGUCUGCAUCUCGGCUCCUCGACAGGAGGAGAGGGAACUCACGCGCCUCCGAGUAAGGAAGCAGCCGCAGCCGCAGCAGGACCAGUGAGCAGCAAAGCCAACGGGGGAGGAGAAGAAGAAGUCUUUGCGACGGCCGACGAACUGCUCGACCUGGUCACGGCGCGCUGGCGCGACCGGUGGGUGACGACCGACAUCCCCAGCGAGGCCGUGCUAGACAUGUACAGCCGGCGGCCGUUCUUCCUGCUGGUCAGCGUGGACGCGCCGGUGGGGCUGCGGUGGCGGCGGUUUCAGGGGCGGGAGGAGCAGCGGCGGCGCCGACUUGACAACGACACAGCAGUAGCGUCCCGGGACGACAUGCCACUGGCCGACUUCGUGGCGCUGUCGGACGCGUACCUGUACGACGCGGCGACGGGGCAGCUGCCGCUGAUGUCGCGGGCGGGGGUUCGGCUGCUCAACACGUCGGGGUCGGUGGCGCAGCUGUUCGGGACGCUGGGGGCGCUGGACCUGCUAGACGAGGACCGGCUGCGACCGUCGUGGGACUCGUACUUUAUGGCGCUGGCGUCGCUGGCGGCGCAGCGGAGCAACUGCAUGAAGCGGCGCGUGGGGUGCGUGGUGGUGCGCGACAAGCGCGUCAUUAGCACGGGGUACAACGGCACGCCGCGGGGCCUGCUCAACUGCGGCGAGGGCGGCUGCGGCCGCUGCAACGACGCCUCGGCCCACCGCUCCGGCCACGGCCUUGCCACGUGCCUGUGCAUCCACGCCGAAGAGAACGCGCUGCUCGAGGCCGGCCGCGAGCGCGUCGGCGGCGGCGCCGUGCUCUACUGCGACACGUGCCCCUGUCUGACCUGCAGCAUCAAGAUUGCCCAGGUCGGCAUCAACGAGGUCGUCUACAGCCAGGGCUACAGCAUGGACAGCGCCACGGCCGCCGUGUUCCUCCAGGCCGGCGUGCGGUUGAGGCAACUUGUGCCGCCCGCAAGCGGUCUGAUACACCUGGAAAAGACAGAGUUGUACAAGUAA